AUGACGUUUGUCGUUGUGGUGCUGGGGGCGGAGCUUGUUGAAUCGGUUGUUGUUGUGAUUGUUGUUGCAUUCCCCCGUAUGAUCCAGUUGCUUGUUGGACACUUAUACUUGGCAUUCCUGGUCUUCCACCUUGCAUUGGAGGGGCUAAAUACGGUGGAUUCAUCGAUCCCAUUUGACCUGGUCCACCCAUUUGAGACAUUGAUGCAAUUGAUUGUUGAGGUUGAAGUUGAGGAGGCAUCUGACCGGUACCUCCUUGGAAUCCCUGGAAAUCAAUUCAGGUUGGAAAAACAGAAGCUUUUAGACUUCUAUUAUUUUUUAACUUUGGUGUUUGAAAAGAUUUCAGCAGAACGAGAAUUUCAAAAUGCCGGACUUCGUCUUCAGAUAUUCAAAAUGUUCGAAUCGAAACUCGACAAACCUGCAUCAUUUGAGCUGGAGUAA